AUGGAAGCCAGAAAAUUUUGGUUCUUUUGUGAUGACGAUCUUUUGACACAAUGGCUGAUCGCACCAUUCAAAGUUCAGAUGGGUGAUGACAUCAUCACAUUUAAUUGUUCAGAGCAAUAUAUGAUGUAUCGGAAAGCUAAACUGUUUGGUGAUGAUGAAACUGCAACUCUCAUUUUACAAACCAACAAUCCCUCUCAACAAAAAGAAUUGGGAAGAAAAGCAAAAGGAUUCAAUGCAGAGUUGUGGGAUAGCCACAAGGAAAAAAUUGUUUUUGAAGGAAAUUAUCAUAAAUUUGAGCAAAAUCAAGAUUUGCGAGAGAAAUUAUUUCAAUUAGGAAAUGUUGAAUUUGUGGAGACAAAUCCUGAUGAUUCAGUUUGGGGAAUUGGCCUCUCAAUGAACGAUGAAAGAAUUCAUGACAAAUCUCAAUGGAAAGGAUUAAAUUUGCUUGGGAAAAUAUUGACACAGGUCAGAGAUGAGCUGUUGAAGAAAUUGGAGAAAUCAUCCACCCAAUGA